AUGGACGAAACUCAAUAUACUGACAAUGCAUUGAAGAUCAUUACCAAUGCUACAAAUAUAUGUAAAGAAAACAGUAAUACUCAAUUGGUUCCAUUACAUUUCCUUGCUGCCUUCAUUCCCGUUGAUGAUUCCGAAAAAAAUACAUUAUAUCUCAAAACUCUAAUUGAAAAGGCAAGGUUUGAAUGGCAAGGAUUUGAAAGGAUAGUGAAUAGGCAUUUGGUUAAAUUGCCUAGUCAAAGCCCACCCCCCGACGAAGUUAGGCCAAGUUAUCAAACAGGUCUUGUUUUACAAAACGCCAAUAAGAUCAAGCAGCAGCAAAAGGACAGUUAUAUUGCCCAGGAUCAUAUAUUGCUAGCAUUGUUGGAUGACCAAUCCAUCAAGGACAUUUUCAAGGAAGCAGGUAUCAAAGUAGAUGCUAUAAAGACACAAGCAAUGGAACUUCGAGGCAAUCAAAGAAUUGACUCAAGACAAGCUGAUGCUUCUUCAAAUUACGAAUUCUUGGCCAAAUAUUGUGAAGAUUUCACCGAAAAGGCAAGAGAAGGUAAGAUUGACCCUGUUAUUGGAAGAGAAGAAGAAAUCAGAAGAGUUAUUAGGGUCUUGGCUAGAAGAUCCAAAUCAAAUGCAGUUUUGAUUGGUGAUGCCGGUGUCGGUAAAACUUCCAUUGUUGAAGGUGUUGCCCAAAGAAUCGUUGAUGCUGAUGUGCCCAAUAUUUUGAUCAAUGCUAGAUUAUUCUCACUUGAUUUAGGUGCCUUAACAGCUGGUGCUAAAUACAAAGGUGAGUUCGAAGAAAGAUUAAAAGGUGUUUUGAAUGACAUUGAGAAAUCAAAGGAGUUUAUCAUUUUGUUUAUUGACGAAAUGCACAUGUUGAUGGGUGAUGGUAAAUCCGAUGCUGCUAAUUUGUUGAAACCAAUGUUAGCUCGUGGUGAGCUUCAUUGUAUUGGUGCUACUACAUUUGUCGAGUAUCGUAAAUUCAUCUCAAAAGAUGCUGCACUCGAAAGAAGAUUUCAAACUAUUGAAGUCCCUGCUGCCACAGUUAACGAAACCAUUGCUAUUUUGAGAGGUUUGCAGCCAAGGUACGAAAUUCACCACGGAGUACGUAUUUUGGACAGCGCAUUGGUGAUUGCUGCUAAUCUUGCUUCAAGAUACCUUACCUAUCGUGCAUUACCGGACUCGGCAGUUGAUUUAGUCGACGAGAGUGCAGCAGCGGUUGCUGUUGCAAGGGACUCAAAACCUGAAGAAUUGGACAAUUUGGAACGCGAACUUCAUUUAUUGGAAGUUGAGAUUAAUGCGUUGGAAAGAGAUAAAGACGCCGAUGCAGCUUCAAAAGAUCGUUUAGUUCAUGCUAAAAAGAGAAAAGAAAACUUGGAAGAACAAUUGGGUCCAUUAAGAGAAAGAUAUCAACAAGAACGUGCUGGUCAUGAAUUACUUAUUGCGGCAAAGAGGAAAUUGGACGAGUUGGAAAUUAAAGCUCAAGAUGCAGAAAGGAGACACGAUACUGCAACAGCUGCGGACUUGAGGUAUUUUGCCAUUCCCGAUGUUGAAAAACAAAUUGAAGAGUUGGAAGUUCGUGUAGCUGAAGAAGAAGCUUCUAACUUGGAAAGUUUAACCAAGAAUGCCGUUGGCCCAGAGCAAAUUUGCGAAACAGCUGCAAAAUUAACAGGAAUUCCAGUUGCGAAAUUGAGCGCAGCUGAAAACAGCAGAUUAAUCAAUAUGGAAUCGGAAUUGUCGAAAGAAGUUGUAGGACAAUCCGAUGCCAUCAAGGCAAUUUCGAAUGCAGUUAGAUUAAGAAGAUCGGGCUUAUCUAAUCCCAAUCAACCACCAUCGUUUUUGUUCUUGGGUGAAACGGGUACAGGAAAAACAUUGCUUGCCAAGAAGUUAGCAGGCUUUUUGUUUGCAGACGAAAAGGCCAUGAUUAGAAUCGAUUGUUCGGAGUUGAGUGAAAAACACGAUGUCUCCAAGCUUCUUGGAGCUGCACCUGGAUACGUUGGAUAUGAAGAAGGUGGUGUUUUAACUGAAGCAUUGCGCCGGAAACCAUAUUCGGUAGUUUUAUUUGAUGAAGUGGAGAAAGCAGCACCUGAAUUGUUAACAAUAUUAUUACAAAUUCUUGAAGACGGAAUUGUUCGUUCGUCACAGGGUUUGAGUAUUCUGUGUGCUAAUGCCAUAUUUAUCAUGACCUCGAAUUUAGGAGCUCAGUACAUCAAUGCUUCUAAGACGAGCAAAGUUGAUGAAAAGACAAGGGAAUUGGUUAUGGGAGCAGUUCGUGCACACUUCAAGCCUGAAUUUUUGAAUCGUAUUUCCAACAUUAUCAUAUUCAACAAGUUGUCGAGAAAGGGAAUUACCAAGAUUGUUAAGAUUAGAUUAGCAGAGAUGGAAAAACGGUUUGAAAAUAAUAAUAUAGAUAUAAAGUUGAGUUUGGAUGAUGCCUCUAUGGACUACCUUUGCAAAUAUGGAUACUCUCCAGAUUUGGGAGCCAGACCAUUGAAUAGGUUGAUUCAAAAUGAGAUUUUGAACAAAUUGGCAGUUUUAUUGUUAAGAGGACAAGUCAAGAGUAAAGAAACUGUUAAAAUUAUAUUGGGAGAUAAAGGCUUGGAGGUAUUGCCUAACCACGAUGCCGACGAUGUAGAAAUGACCGAUGUUGAAGACUGGAAAGAUAGCGGUGAUGAAGGUGACGAAGAUGAAGCUAAACUUUUAUCCGACGGCCUUGACUAA